CUCCUUAUCCCCAGCUCUCACUGCUCUCCGUGAAAGCUGCCCAGUGUGUAGUACAUUCUGCGGCCGCUAGAUGUCGCCGGCACACCCGGGAGGGAGGGGGGAGGUUGUCUCAGUCCCUCCCGGCCGCACAAUGACUGACACGGACCAAAGUUAUCCCGGAAUAAGGGGAGCACGCAUGUGCACGGACCCGGAUGUGAAAGGCUCCUGUAACGGGCCCGCUGCGGCUGAUCCGGGCUGUGCCGAGCCGUGCGAUUCCGGGCCGUGCCAGGGCCAAACCGUGCCACCCGCAUCUGAGCAUGGAGCAGCCGGGGAGGGGGGCACGCAGCUAGACCCGGGACUGUCCCGUGCCAAAAAUAUCCCCCAUUGGCUUAAAUGUCCACACCAUCUAUCAUUAACCAUUUAAAGAACAUCAAACAGCAUAUUUGUGAGGUUCAGGGGCCCAUCACACAGAGCAGAUCCCCAAUAAAGCUCUGUCCCACAUGGGCACGGGUUUACUAACACGGGUUUAUUCAGGGGAAUCAGUAAAUGGGCAGAGCCCUGAUUUGUGUGGGUCAUCUUAUGGGCUCCAAAGAAUCAAAUAGUUAACAAAGUUAAAUAAAUUAUCUACUAAAUGUAUAUCCUGGGAUUUGAAAGUUGUUGGAACUUAGAAAAAUAUGUAUAUAUUUUAUUAUAAGUCACAUUGAGCACAUAUUUAUAAGUACGUUUGCACUUAAUAAGGUCCCUUCUCAGUUUAGAGGUUUAGGACCAACUCUAGAUUAAUAGAAAAUAUUAUUUUGGGUGGAGGUAUCCUGGGAUUUUGGUAGGAAAGGAGUACCCAAAUUACGCUUUUCUUGCCCGUUUUUUAUUAUAUUAUUUUUUGGUGGAGGUCAUGGAUUUCCGCGGUAAGAAGUAUGAGCGAGGCAGUAACUGGUCAGACCCAGAGGUGGUGGAGCUUCUCCAGCUCUGGGGCAAUGAGUCCGUACAGAUGGAACUGGAGAGCUGCCUUCGCAACCAACACGUCUUUAACCGGAUCGCUGAUGUGCUCAGGGAGAAGGGCAUCCACCGUACCGGGGACCAGUGUCGAGAGAAGAUAAAAAAGAUGAAGCUUGAAUACCGGAGGCUGAAGGAGAACAGCAAGACAAUGCGCAGUGGGAGAGCCUGGAAGUUUUAUGAAGUGAUGGACAGGGUCUUAACUCACCGACCAACAUUAUCAUAUGGGUCUUUGGGACCUGGAGGAGUGUUAGCCCAACCUUUGUUGCAAGGGCCAUUAUCUGAUGGCUUUCAUACCCACUUCCCCCAAUAUGGUCAUACUCAACACCCAGAGCUAAUGGAGAUCAAAUGUGAGGAGGUACAGUCAGAUGAACAAUGUUUGACUCCAGAACCACCUCCUUCGAUGACGUAUAUCCAGGAUUCAGGAGGAGAACAAGAGGAGGAGGAUCAUACGAUUCUAGAGAGAGGACCUGAAGACUCGCCUAUUUCUAGGGUGGAGGUAGCAGGUGAAGCCAGUGUAUCACCUUCAGGUAUGGUCAUUGAACAUUGAAAUUAGUGUAUUCUGAUGACCGAAUGUAUUUACCUCUCAUGACCAGAGUAACCUCAUUUUAAUAUAGAAACGUCAUAAUAUAAUCAUGUGGGAUAUAUUUUAAGAGUUGAAAAGUCACAAAGUGAGAUCUUAAAUGUUAUUUGAUGAGACCUUUUCUCAAGAUUAAAAUACAUAGCCUUAGAAUAAAAUAAGAAUUUCUGUUCUCAAACUUUUCACCGUUUUGUAAAGCUCCCCUGAUUAAAGACAUGGUUUGGAAAUAUUCUUUCUGGCAAUUGAAGCCAUGCUAUGUCUAUGUCACUGUGGGUGGAGCCUUCCACGUUAUUGCACAGGCUUUAUAACAGUGAUGCGCUAACCUCUGACAUUACAAAUUUUGUAACCUAUGGGUGAUAUUUAUGAGAGUGUCCUGAAAUUUGGCAGAAUAUGGGGUGCUUAAAUUUAAUUAUUAUUUUGAGCGACCUAAAAACUCAUUUUUUUCUUGAUAGUAAAUUUUCCCAAUAUUCCAGAAAAGUCCAUUUGAGAAACCUGCCAAAUUUAUAGUAGAGGAAAAAUUGGUGGAAAUAUUAAAAAAAUCUGUUGCGUUGGCGACAAUAGACACAUUUUAAAACUUACAGUUAGGGAGCAAAUAAAGCAGAUGAUGGGGAAAAAAGCCAACAGAUUUAAUAAACUGCACCAAAAAUUCACUGGAAAUUAGACGGAAAUUCACUAAAGUGAGAAAUUGCUGGGGAUUCAAAGUGAAUUUAGAAAUUUAGGCAAAAUUAGUUGAUAUAGAACAAUUUUCCAAGUAAUUUCUGUGCUCAGUCUGGCUACUUUUGCCUUAUAUAUACAGGGUUCUUGAUUUUGAGAAUACAAAGUGAAUUUCAAAAUUUAGGUCCAGACUAGCUGAAUGUAUCGUUGACUUAGAGAGUUUUUCGUGUUCGGCUACUUUUAACAUUCAUUUUGAAAUACAUUGAAUACAGUACUCACUUUAUUGAAUAACCCUGUUAAAAAUUAAAGGAGCACUAUAGUGCCAAGAAAUCAAACCCGUUUUCCUGGCACUAUAGGGUUAAUAGGCCCCCCUCCUGCAGGGCUCAAGGUGUUAAAACCCCUUCAGCCACUUACCUUAAUCCAGUGCCGGGCUCCCUCGGCACUGGUGACCUCUCCUCCCCCUGCCGACGUCAGCUCUGAAUGCGCGUCCAGAGCCGCACGCACGCGCGCUCAUUGAAACCGCCCAUAGGAAAGCAUUACUCAAUGCUUUCCUAUGGACGUCCAGCGUCAUCUCAGUGUGAUUUUCACACUCAGAAUCGCGGAAGCGGCCUCUAGUGGCUGUCAGGGAGACAGCCACUAGAGGCUGGAUUAACCCUCAACGUAAACAUAGCAGUUGCUCUGGCACCCAGACCACUUCAUUGGUGGUCCUUUAAUUUUAAAUUCUCAGCAAUUCACUUUAGCGAAUUACAAUGUUUGAUAAAUCUCCACUAAAGGAAGCUAAGCCAACAAAAUUACUGCCAUAGGUUAAUAUAGCUGUAGAACUGGAUGGUUUUAGAACAGGAGUGCAGAUUGUCCCCUUAGUCAUCUCUAUCGUUGGGUAGAUUGCAGUAAGAGAGCCUAAUCCAAUUAUAUCAUCACAAGGUUACCACAUAGGGCUGAGAUUUCUAAUGUAUUAAAGAGACACUAUAGUCCCCAGAACUAAAAUUACAGGUUAAUGUAUUUUUUAAAAGUGAGUAUAGUCAUUCUCUUCAGGCGUUUUGCUGUAAACACUGUCUUUUCAGAGAAAAUGCAGUGUUUACAUUACAGCCAAAGGACGCCUUCAGAGGCCUCACAGACAGAUACUAGAGGUGCUUCCAGGGGCAGUGCUGCACAAUGUGCAGCACUGACAGUCAGGAUUUCCGCCCUCUUAAUGGAGACACUAAACUUUUGUCAUAGAUAUGCAUUGAUUCAAUGCAUCUCUACAAGGAGAUGUUGAUUGGCCAGGGCUGUGUUUGGCUGUGCCCCUUUCCUGCCUCCUUGGCUAAGAUCAUCAGAAUUGACAAUCUCACCCAAUCCCAUGAUUUCCUUCUGAUGAUGUCAGUUAAGCAGACAGAUCAAGGGCAGAGCCAGCAUCAGCAGACUGGAAUAAAGGUAAGAUUUUUCUGUAUUUAAGGGGACAAGAGGGGGCCAGAUGGUGUGUUUUUAAAGGGACUCUCCAGUGCCAGGAAAACAAACAGUUUUCCUGGCACUGCAGGUCCCCUCUCCCUCCCACCCCCCAUCCCAAGUUGCUGAAGGGGUUAAAACCCCUUCAGUUACUUACCUGUAUCCAGCGCCGAUGUCCCUCGGCGCUGGGUCAGGGUCCGCCCACGCUCCUCCCCCCGCCAUCGUCAUCCAGCGUGGGAGACCUAUUGAGCAUGAGCGGCUGCCAGGGGAGACCUAAUGCGCAUGCGCGGCAAUGCCGCACACGCGCAUUAGACCUCCCCUUAGGAAAGCAUUGAAAAAUGCUUUCCUAUGGGGAUUUCAGCAACGCUGUAGGUCCUCACAUAGGGUAUAAACACGGAAGUGCCCUCUAGUGGCUGUCUAUUAGACAGCCACUAGAAAGAGGAGUUAUCCCUGCAAGGUAAAUAUUGCAGUUUAUGAAAACUGCAAUAAUUACUCUUGCAGAGUUAAGGGUUGUAGGAGUUUGCACCCAGACCACUCCAAUGGGCAAAAGUGGUCUGGGUGCCUGGAGUGUCCUUUUAACACUAUAGGGUCAGGAAUACAUGUUUGUGUUCCUGACCCUAUAGUGUUCCUUUAAUAGGGAGGACCAUAUGUUGGUAUAUUGUAUACAUUCAUCAUAGUCAGCUAAAAAAACAGAAUGUCAACUUAACCUGAUUUACUUAAAAACAAUGUACUAAAGUAAGAAUUUAAAGUGAUUUUCAAAUUCAAGGUAAAAAUAGACAAACUGGAAAAAAAUCUGUUAGCUAUGUUUCCAGGUCGGCUACUUUGGUCUUAAAUUUGAAAUUCACUUUAGUAAAUAAAUCUGAUAGUGUUUAAAGCAGCAUGUGAAGAGUCAUGACAGUGGUGCUGCAGUGGUGAGAGUGCAGGGUAAUAAUUAUAGUGCACAUUACAAUUGCAGACAAUGUAACUCUGUAUUCUAAGAGUGUAGGAGUGAAUCUCCUAAAUAUAAAGGAAUCAGGACACGCCCCUUCAACCUCCCUCUAAUAUAAAGGAAUCAGGACGCACCCCUUCAACCUCCCCCUAAUAUAAAGAAAUCAGGACACGCCCCUUCAACCUCCCUCUAAUAUAAAGGAAUCAGGACGCACCCCUUCAACCUCCCCCUAAUAUAAAGGAAUCAGGACACGCCCCUUCAACCUCCCCCUAAUAUAAAGGAAUCAGGACACGCCCCUUCAACCUCCCUCUAAUAUAAAGGAAUCAGGACACACCCCUUAAACCUCCCCCUAAUAUAAAGGAAUCAGGACGCACCCCUUCAACCUCCCCCUAAUAUAAAGGAAUCAGGACACACCCCUUCAACCUCCCUCUAAUAUAAAGGAAUCAGGACACGCCCCUUCAACCUCCCUCUAAUAUAAAGGAAGCAGGACACACCCCUUCAACCUCCCCAAAAUAUAAAGGAAUCAGGACACACCCCUUAAACCUCCCCCUAAUAUAAAGGAAUCAGGACACUGCCCUUCAACCUCCCCCUAAUAUAAAGGAAUCAGGACACGCCCCUUCAACCUCCCCCUAAUAUAAAGGAAUCAGGACACAGCCCUUCAACCUCCCCCUUAUAUAAAGGAAUCAGGACACAGCCCUUCAACCUCCCCCUUAUAUAAAGGAAUCAGGACACACCCCUUCAACCUCCCCCUUAUAUAAAGGAAUCAGGACACGCCCCUUCAACCUCCCCCUUAUAUAAAGGAAUCAGGACACGCCCCUUCAACCUCCCCCUUAUAUAAAGGAAUCAGGACACAGCCCUUCAACCUCCCCCUAAUAUAAAGGAAUCAGGACACUGCCCUUCAACCUCCCCUAAUAUAAAGGAAUCAGGACACAGCCCUUAAACCUCCCCCUAAUAUAAAGGAAUCAGGACACUGCCCUUCAACCUCCCCCUAAUAUAAAGGAAUCAGGACACGCCCCUUCAACCUCCCCCUAAUAUAAAGGAAUCAGGACACAGCCCUUCAACCUCCCCCUUAUAUAAAGGAAUCAGGACACAGCCCUUCAACCUCCCCCUUAUAUAAAGGAAUCAGGACACACCCCUUCAACCUCCCCCUUAUAUAAAGGAAUCAGGACACGCCCCUUCAACCUCCCCCUUAUAUAAAGGAAUCAGGACACGCCCCUUCAACCUCCCCCUAAUAUAAAGGAAUCAGGACACAGCCCUUCAACCCCCCCCUUAUAUAAAGGAAUCAGGACACGCCCCUUCAACCUCCCCCUUAUAUAAAGGAAUCAGGACAUGCCCCUUCAACCUCCCCCUAAUAUAAAGGAAUCAGGACACACCCCUUCAACCUCCCCCUAAUAUAAAGGAAUCAGGACACAGCCCUUAAACCUCCCCCUAAUAUAAAGGAAUUAGGACUCAUUAUACAGUGUCUGGAUACACCCCUCUCCUUAUACACAGUGUCUGGAUACACCCCUCUCCCUAUACACAGGUGUCCGGAUACACCCCUCUCCCUAUACACAGUGUCCGGAUACACCCCUCUCCUUAUACACAGUGUCCGGAUACACCCCUCUCCUUAUACACAGUGUCCGGAUACACCCCUCUCCUUAUACACAGUGUCUGGAUACACCCCUUUCCCUAUACACAGGUGUCCGGAUACACUCCUCUCCCUAUACACAGUGUAUGGAUACACCCCUCUCCCUCUAUACACAGUGUCUGGAUACACCCCUCUCUCUCUAUACACAAUGUCUGGAUACACCCCUCUCCUUAUAUACAGUGACUGGAUACACCCCUCUCCUUAUACACAGUGUCUGGAUACACCCCUUUCCCUAUACACAGGUGUCCGGAUACACUCCUCUCCCUAUACACAGUGUAUGGAUACACCCCUCUCCCUCUAUACACAGUGUCUGGAUACACCCCUCUCUCUCUAUACACAAUGUCUGGAUACACCCCUCUCCUUAUAUACAGUGACUGGAUACACCCCUCUCCUUAUACACAGUGUCUGGAUACACCCCUUUCCCUAUACACAGGUGUCCGGAUACACUCCUCUCCCUAUACACAGUGUAUGGAUACACCCCUCUCCCUCUAUACACAAUAUCUGGAUACACCCCUCUCCCUAUACACAGGUGUCCGGAUACACUCCUCUCCCUAUACACAGUGUAUGGAUACACCCCUCUCUCUCUAUACACAGUGUCUGGAUACACCCCUCUCUCUCUAUACACAAUGUCUGGGUGCACCCCUCUCCCUAUACACAGUGUCUGGAUACACCCCUCUCCUUAUACGCAGGUGUCUGGAUACACCCCUCUCCCUAUACACAGUGUCUGGAUACACCACUCUCUCUAGAUACAUUGGUUCUUUGUUGAACUGUCUGCACUGAGCUGAUCUCCAGGACACAUUGCUGAGGUGAGGAGAAACUGUCCUGUGAUAUUCCUGUGGAAUUUAGAGAACGUUCUUUCCUUAGAAACUACACAGCUACUGCCCACAUACCUGAAGUGAUACAGAGGGGCAAACAAGUGGUACUGUCAGUGUGUCAAUUUCCUGCAGCUGGUCAGUAGACGGUCCCUCACCUGGGUAUGUAACUCUCUAAUCAAAUACUUCCCAGUUUCUUUGGGCAGGUAGGUUUCACAAAGUUAAUUCAUCCAGGUUAACAUGCAAUCCUCCCUUCUUGCUGGAUUAGCACUAACCCCUAGUAUACUCAGCCGGCAGAAGUGUCUCCCAGCUGUACUUAGACAUUAUUGUAGCAUCUGCUUUGAAAGUAAAAUAAAAUAUUAGGAAAUAACCUAAUUGAGAUCAGUUCUUCGCGUGGUAGUGCCUUGACUGUUUUUCAUUUGUCCUGCGUUGAUAGCAAUGACUGCAAAGUGUCCUGGAAGUUAUGGCAAAGCGAAUUGCGGGAAGAAAUAGCGCUGUGAUACAGGAUGAGCUAUUCAUUCAUCGUGGUAGCGAAAUAGCGUUAAAAAAAUACAUUGUGACACAUACAAAACUCUGAGCUGGCAAUAUUUUCCUAUGACAGAUGAAUUUUGUCUGUCAUUCUCUGUCAUAAAAAAAAUUAUUAGAUUGCUAUUUUUUUUGUAAUUUUUUUUAAUGAAAAGAGGUAAAAAAAAAAUUGAAGGGGUUAAAGACUAAAACAAACAACAUUUGAGGUGCACAUGUUGACGCAGGAAUAUUGAAAUACCGUACCUACAGCUGUGAUUGAACUAUAAACCCCUUUGAACUUUUGACAGCCAAAAACGCAGCAUGUGGCUGGCAAAGGUCCAUGGGAUUUUGAACAGCUGGCAAUGAAUCCGGAGCCAUGCUUGUGCACUCUUGCUCUGUAAGUUAAAAGGAUACUUUAUGCACCAAAACCACAUCUUCUUAAAGUUUUGGUGCAUAAAGUUUGUCCCUGCACUCUGCCGUUUGUGAGAAACUGCAAUGUUAAUAUUUAUCACUAAUGAUACAUCUAGUGCAGGGGUGGGAAACCUUUGGCACUUUAGAUGUUGUGAACUGAAGGUUUCUUACCCCUGUGUCUAGUGCAGGAGUGCCCAAAAAGUUGAUCCCCAGAUGUCGUAGAACUAAAAACUCCCUUGACGCUUUGCAUGCCUUUACAAUGACAAGGCAUCAUGGAAGCUGCAGUUUUAAACAUCUGAGGAUCUACCUUUUGGGCACCCCUUUUCUAGUGGCCGUCAAUGAGAGAAUCAGUGUAUCAGACAUCCAUUAGGAGCACUUCCUAAUAAACACUUUCAGUAAUUAAAAGCUUUCAUCUUUGGAGUCACAUUUCUUCUGUGUAUGAGCUGUGAAACUACAGGACCAUUUCAUUCAGAUAAAAUGGCCUGGGUACAUUUAGCUGUCAUUUAAGGAUUAUCCAGAUGAUCGUCAGAUGUUAUGGCUUUUUAUUUCUUUUUUUUUUUUUUUUAAACUAAAUGUUUUUAUUGUUAGAGCGUAACUUUAGGUUGUCAGCAGAAGAAUCCCUUCACUGGAUCUUUUAGCAUUGCUCCCCUUUCUGGUACUGGAUUAGUUAAAAGGUGCACAGCCUGACAGGGUGAUGCAUAAUGCAGGAAUUAUCUGGAAUAAAGUGCGGUAUCAUGUUCGUUAAAUAAUCCGUCCUGUAGGGUAACUAGCUGAAAGCACCCACUCAGUCUUGCAGUUUCUACAAGCUCCAAACAUACAGUCAGUAGUUUGUGAUGCAGGCAGCUAUCUGUAAAUAUGUACUGCUCAGCGUGAAAUCUCCGGAGUAUUUCGGAACCCCGCUGGUUGCAGUCAAGACCCCCACAAAACGCUGCCCUGUCCUAAAAGUAAUCACAGGGAGCGCCUUUUUCGGUAAGUCAAGAAAGGUUGUAAUAACAGCCCCAACUACUUUAUCCAAACAUCUUUUGGAAAAGGAAAGAAUGUUGCUGUUGACAGCUGAAAUUUUGAUGGCAAUCCUGUCUUUCAAGGCUCUGACAGUCAGGGAAGCGAGUCCUGCAAACAGCAUGACUGAUAUUACAUAAGCCGUAGCGUAGAAUGGGAGAUAAGUGACUGAAUGAAAGAUACUAUAUAUGCGAUGAGCUAUUAAUAUGUAGGUAACUUUUUACACAUAGAUAAUCGCAAUCAAUAUAACGUAGUGAAGCGUAACCCUUAAAUACUAAAUACUAAACUCUAAACCUAUCUCCUACCACCUACCUCUGGAUCAUUUAACCACUUUCACUAGGAAGUUCUUUGCAAAAAAAAAAAGGGUGGGUGGGGGGCUUGAUUUCAUAAUAUAGGUAUUUAAUUGCAUUUCAACGCAAUUCUUGCACAUUUUUAUUAUUGCAGUAUGGCGCCAAUUCCGCAAACGCCUUACAAUGACGUUGUUCCUUUCUCAGAUUGUUAAAGAUUUUUCCUUCUACCGUUACAUGUCAUUUUAAAAUCACUGGGGUCAUAGCAUAGGCAUUGUGUUCUACCAGUAACAGCAAAGUGUAGCAAUAUGAGUGAUAUUUUGUCUUAUGUAAAAAUAAAAAAUGGUUUAUUCACUAAACAACAAACUUUGGAGAAUUGGCAAGGGACCUGCCCAUUUUUAGGCAACGAUGGACAAAUGCCAAAAAAUCUUUAAUUGCACUUUUUUUCCCCAAUUCUUUUCCUGCCAAGUCUCCAACUGCUUGCGUAUCUAUUGAGAUGGGUUAUGACUGCAUACAACUGCCUUGUUUCUUUAUACUGUGAAUGAACAGUGUGAUUAUAUUAAUUUGUAAGCUUGCUAAAUAUAAAAACUACGUAACUUAGGAUGGCACAGGAUGGAAAGAGUUAAGUGAGUUAAAAAAAUUUUUUUUAUGGAACUACAAGUUUUUGACACUCUAGGACAGGGGUCCUCAAACUCCGGCCCCCCAGAUGUUGCUUAACUACAACUCCCAUGAUUCUUUGAAUUACAUAGAUAACCAGAGAAUCAUGGGAGUUGUAGUUCAGCAACAUCUGAGGGCUGGAGUUUGAGGACCCCUGCUCUAGGGUUUGUUGUUUAGUUGAGAAUGAUCUGUAAGAUUAACAGGUUUAUUGAUUACAAACCAAAUUCUAACAAAUUAAGGGCUCAGUUUAUAUUUUUGGAUACGGUUUUCAAAUUCUAAUAUUUUGAAAAAUUAUUUUAAUAUAGUGAUUUUAUAUAUAUUUAUGUAUUUAUUUUGAUAGUUUAAUAUUUAAAACAAAAAAAGGCAAACAUUUUUAUAUUUUAUAUUAUCCACAAGUAUUACAUAAUUUCAAAAGCUUAAUCAAAAAUAAUCAAAACCCAAAUCAGAAUGGAAAAACAGAGUAAAGAAUAGCUGAUCUGGAACAUUAUCCAUGUCAGCCAUAGUCACAAGUUUUUCCACUUGGCUUUAAUUUGCAAAAAUGUGAAGUUUACUGAAUAGCCCUGUAAGUGUUUGCAAUUUUGAUCACUAACCACUUAUUGGUUGUCUAAAGAUCACAACACAUUUUAAAUUGUAGGUGUUUUUUUUUUGUUUUUUUUACAUAACUCCUAUAUUAGUACCAGUCCCCACCAAGAGGGGUCCCAGUUCUGAUAAUUACCGAUCGUGAUUUGGGAAACAUUGCUAGUCUUUUCUGGUAAUGAAGCAAACAACAUCAGGACUAGGUUUAUAGUGGAAACAGGUCUGGACACAGCCAGUACGAACACCUGCUCAUAGAUCUGUGCACUCGAGGUAAGGCGUAUACAAGAAGCGAUACUGCAACACACAUUACUUUGGGGCUGAUGUAGAGACUGCGUAACUUUAUGACUUUAACGCUUUCGUCCUGAUUUAUCUAUAUUACACAAAUUACAGAAUGGUGGUUUUUAUUUAUUUUUUUGGGUGGACCCUGCUUUGUUUUUAAGGCACUAAGUAAGGUGUGUUAUUGAAUAACAUUGUUUCGGGAGCGGAAUUGUGAUUUGCUAAUGCUCCGCAUUGAAAGGGUUAAGUUAUGGAGUCUACCAUACCCCAACAAUUACAGGAACGACAAACUAGGGGCUCCACCAGACACCCUCAAUGUUUGACAAGGAUGCAGUAAAUAUGGCAAACCUGACCCAGGGUUAUUCAAUAAAGUGGGACUCUCUGGAAUUUCAAAUUGGAUUUAAAACUCCAGCUCACAUUUUAGCUGAAUUUUGAAAUUAACCCUAUGAGUGGUAGCGUCAUAGUGUGUUUUCUGUGUUUUCAUUUUGUGUGUGGAUCGUAAUAUCAGUUUGUGAUCGGGUUAAACUUUUUGUAGCAGAGUUGAAGUUCGGUGUAUUAUGCAAUGCAGCGAUCGACUCAGAAGGGGUGAAAUAUAAAUUAAACAGAAGCGUUGACUCUAUGGACAGUCUGGUAUCCUCAGGUACUCAUAAAAACCUGUCUCUGUUCCUCAUAUAUAUUUAAGUUUUAAUAUAUUUUAAAUGUAAAAUUUAUAUCUGUACUUUUGUAGAUGUACUUUUUAUUUUUGUAUUUUUUUUUUAAACUUACAUUUUUUUAUUAUUUCCUUUUUAGGCUUCAGUGAAUCUAAUAUGGCGGGAUCUUCGGGUCCCAAUGGUCGACAGAACCUAUGGAGAAAGAGGAAAGUCCGGGAACCUUUGGAGGAACUGAUUUCACGGAUGCUUACUGCCCAGCGGGCUACAGAAGAGAGGUUCCUACAGAUGGAGGAACGCAGGAUGGAACAAGAACAAGAGGCAGAUGAACGUCGAAUGCGUCUGGAGGAGAGAAGGCUGCAACUGGACCGCCAGCACGAACUGCGCAUGUUUAGUGUUUUUGCCCAGAUGCUUGGUAUGUUGCGUCCUGGAGGGGCCGAGUCUGUACCCCAACCUCAUGUGGAUCCUGGGUACCCUCAGGAAGGGGAGUCUCUUGUUAGAUCUGGAGCUGGAGUGGUCCAGGAGUCAGAACUCUCUGAGGUGUAUAAUUGUAAUCCGUUCAAUAGCCCGUAUCUCUCCACCCGUGGGAACAUCUUGAGUGGCUUCCGUGGCUCGUCAGAGGAGGGAUACCGGGCUUAUCAUGAGGACAAGUAUGAUGAGGACAAGAAUCCUAAUGUGAGUCAACUUUGUCUGCAUGUCUCUUCUCUUGUACUCUAGAACUUUGGCCAGCAGCUUGAAUUACCCUUUAUUAGACAUUCCCAACUGUCUUCCCAACAAAUCCCAUGAUCCUCAAUGCUUUUUUUCUUUUUUGUCUUUUUUCAUUGUAGAGGUUAAUUAAGAAUCAUGAGAUUUGUAGCUCAGCAGUCUCUCUGCACCCCAACUUCUAACCACAGAUUAUUUUUUUUUAGCCAAAAUUAACUGGAGAAAUACUGUGACUUCCUAAUGUGCCUAAAAUGUGUAAAUGAUCCGGCAAUGAAAAGGGUUUUUAGCUCUGACUUUAUCCAAAAGGAGGUCCUAUGUUUCUGAUGUAUGUUCAAUUAUUCUAAAGAUAUUAAAUGACAUAUUUUGGUCUGUGGCUCAUGGUCAUUUCACGGGAUUGUAGUCUGUCCAGCAUUGACAGGGUCCAACUUUUGGUUAAAUCCGUGUACCCCUUGCAGUAAAAAUGUGCGUGUCUAGAUUCCUUACAGGUGGGCAUUUGUGCCUAUGCCAUGGGCAUUGCGCCUCUUGUGCACUGUGUGGACUAGGGUAGAGAAAUUGCUCUUCCAUUUUUUUUUCUUUUCCUCAUGGGCCGUGUUAACGACAAUUAGACGUGUCUUCAGAUUAGAAGUAAGGAAGCUUCAAAUUAAAAAUUCACAGAAAAACUAGCCAAAUCUUCGACUUUAACUAUUGCAGAUAACUUACAUGUGUGGAACCAGACUGAUACAUAAAUGCUAUAGGUUCUCUCUCCAAUGGCACGACUGACCAAAAUUCAUUUGAGACUUCAGUUGCAGAUUAAUUGUAGAUGUAACAAGCUAUAAAACCUUUGUUCCUUUCUCAGUGUUUGUCCCUUAAGUUGUGCGUGCCUUGUUUAUGGUAUUCAAGGUACGUGAAAUGCAAUUAAUUUGUGCACUUUCAUUUCAGGUAAAUGUUUUUGGUAAGUCAUAACAGAAGUUUUAAUAUAAUCUGUUAAUUUUCACCAGGGCAUCAUCAACUUCGGCACCAGUGAAAAUAAACUGUGCUUUGACCUAAUGUCCAAACGGGUAGGUGAACAUUUGCUUCAACAAUGUGAACUGUGAUACUGAUGGAAGUAGGAUAGAUUAUAGAAUAGAAUUACUGAAUUUCAAGCAAUUAAAAAUUCAUGUCUAUUUGGAACAGUUACACUAUUACAGCUGUGGUGAGAUCAAAUGUCAUCUACACUGAUUUAGUUGAGGAAAUUCCAAACGUUACUGCUAUGCAUUAUUCACGUCUUCCAUUGCAAGACUUAUAAAAAAAAAAGCCUGCAUCAGAUAGGGUAAUUCUGAAUAAUUUCAUUUCAACAAUUCUCCCAGAAUGCCUUGAUAAAUAUGCAAAUAAGAUCUGAUUGCAAUAACCUUUUGUAAUAUUCCAAACCCAUAUUUUGUAACCCAUAAAACAACAUGUCAUUGCUUAAGGAGCCAGCAUAAACGUGGGUUUAGAAUCUAAAAAGUGACGACUGUCUGUGCUUAUUUAAAUAUCAAUUUUGGCUUUCUGGGAAAAUUGUGGAAACAUAAUAUUUUUGAGUUUCUCUGUCCGAGGCAAAUCCUUUGUAAGCUUUACUGUUUUAUAUAUAGGGGAGGCAAAAUAGUACAUUUCUGAAUUUAUAUAUAGCUAUACAAAUAAAAAUGCACUUUGAAUUUUGGGUAAAUUAAUUGUUAGAUUGCAUAAAAUCUGGCAUACUUUCAUUCCGUUUCGAGAUUUGGUGGGCCACCCAUGGACCCGCUGUGGGGGUGUGUAAACACUGCCAUAUUUUUAUGUUGGAGCCUGUUUGUUUUGUUUGUGCGCUGAUCAGUGUUUGCCUUUUGUUUGUUAUCUCAUUUAAAAAAUGUUUUUCUUUUUACAUUUUGUUUUGUUCUUUUUAAGUCUGAGGCUUUAUGCAAUUUUAAUGUUUUACUCCUUAACCCCUAAAGGACACAUGACAUGCGUGACAUGUCAUGAUUCCCUUUUAUUCCAGAAGUUUGGUCCUUACAGGGUGAAAGACUAGGGAUCGGACUAAUCCUUUACAUUUCAAAGAUGCCAUUGGAACUUUAGAGGUUAAACAUUUUGACAAAUCCCCUUAACAAAGGCUUUCAGGGUCUUUUCUUGUUCAAAAUGCUUCGAUAAGGGAAUUUAGUUAGUGGCCUAAAAACAUUUAUACUUUGCAAGACGUUUUUAGGUACAGUCUGCACAUUUUUUGUCAAACGUAGAAACAUAGAAUGUGACGGCAGAUAAGAACCAUUCGGCCCACCGAGUCUGCCCAAUUUUCUAAAUACUUCCAUUAGUCCCUGGCCUUAUCCCACGCAUGCUUAAACUCCCUCACUGUGUUAACAUCUACCACUUCAGCUGGAAGGCUAUUCCAUGCAUCCACUACCCUCUCAGUAAAGUAAUACUUCCUGAUAUUAUUUUUAAACCUUUGUCCCUCUAAUUUAAGACGAUGUCCUCUUGUUGUGGUAGUUUUUCUUCUAUUUUAAAUAUAGUCUUGCAGAGGGGCUGGGCUUUGGGUACAAACCCAUGUAAUUCUAAAUAUCUUGUUAUGGAGAGUUUUACAAACAGGAUUUGUUAAAUAUUAAAAAAUAUACCUCUUUUCCUCCGGUUUCAGGAAUAUUUCACAUGUUAGAUUUCUUUUGUUGAUCUUUAAUAUGGUUGCUAGUCAAUAUUGAGGGUCAAAUAUGAGUUCAGGGGUAAAGGAUGGGUCUGAGGUUGCCAGAUCUAUCAUGUCUCUUGCUAGAUACAUAUUACUUCAACAUACUGUGUGGCAGGACAUGAAAGUGCUCCCUGAUAAAAUGUAACUCAUUAAAUGAUCCCAAAGAAGACUCAUAUUAUAUAAUUAAAAGGACACUAUUUUUAAAACUGCACUGUAAGCACAGUAUUUGACGGUUCAAUUUGACUCUCAGAUAUGAAGUGCAACGCAGGCCGCAAAUGUACUAUUUAGCACCAAAAAGUUUGAUUUUUUUAAACCAACAAUGUAACAGUAGUAUUUAAGGGUUUUAUUGGACUGCAAGAAAUGCAGUACUCAAAUGUACUAUUUAGCACCAAAAAAAAUUGCAGUAUUUAAAAUUGCCUAGAUGUUGCCCACUGAGCUACCAGAACAGGAUUCAAGUAAUGUGUCUGGCACACAUGCAGUUGCAAGUGCACUGCCCUCUCGGUGGCACUGGGCUCAAGGCAGGGUACAAAAAUGUAGUAUUAUAGCACCCACAAAAAUAAUCGCUGUAGUUUGCAGAUUCAACACCAGAAUUAUUACUAAUUUGUCCCUCACAGCUGCAGCAUCCACUCCCUACAUUAAUAAGAGCUCAUGUGCGUGCGGCGCCACGUGACUCCAGUUUAUAUAUAGAGGCUGGGUCACAUGCUGCACUGGCGAAUCACAGCCAUGCCAUUAGUAGGCAUGGCUGUGAUGGCUUCUAAGGGCACACGAGUCAAAUGCUUGUUGAUUGGCUGCCCUGCAGCCUUUCAAAACGCGCCAUUAAAUCGCGCCAUUAAAAGCUUGCUGUAUUUGUUCUGGUGAGUAGAAUCAUUCCCUUCAGGCUUUUUCCUGUAAACACUGGCUUUUCAGAAAAAAUGCAGUGUUUACAUUACAACCUUGGGAUACCUCUAGUGGCCAUUUCUCAGAUGCCCACUAGAGGUGCUUCCUGGGGCAGUGCUGCAUGCUGUGCAGCAUUGCUAUUCAGUGUCUCCACCCUCUGCAUGGAGACACUGAGCUUUCCUCAUAGAGAUGCAUUGAUUCAAUGCAUCUCUAUGAGCUGUAUUUAGCUUGUGCCCGCUCUGCCUCUGAUUUGCCUCCUUAACAAGCUUGGCCAAUCCAAUGCUUUCCUAUGUGAAAGCAUUUUGAUUGGCUCAGAUCAACACUUCUGAUGAUGUCAGCCAAGCAGGCAGAUCAGGGGUGGAGAAAGCAGUAGCAGGCUGGAAAUAAAGGUAAGAUUUUACUAUAUAUGGGGGGCUAGAUGGCAAUUUUAAUACUAUAGGGUCAGGAAUACAUGUUUGUGAUCCUGACCCAAUAGUGUUCCAUUAAUGCUGCCUUAAAUUCUCCCUAGUACAGGCAUAUCGCUUUUCAUGUACAUCCCUACAUUGUGGUGAAGCGAUAUGAUCCAAGUAAAGUGUGCGAAUAUGAUAACUAUAAAUGACCUUUGUCUGCAUUGCGUUCUCUGUGAGUAAUUCCUUGCUCCUUUGUGUUUCUUCAGUUGACUCAGAGUGAUAUGAAUGUAAUAGAGCCUCCUCUCCUGCAGUAUCCAGACUGGAAAGGACAUAAUUUGUGAGUACAUGGAAAUGCAGACAUUCUCCCGUAUAACUUUUUACAUAAAAUAACUUUACCAGACUUUAUGGAUACAGAUCUUUAUCGAACCCUCAAAAUGCUGACCAUUUAAAGUGGAAUCUUCAAUUCUCUGGAAAUUACGUCCCUGAAUAAAACAUUCAAUAUCACCUUUUUUCAUAUUCCUUGAGAUGCUUAAUUUUUCUAUUAAAUUCAUAUUUAACAUUUAGCAAAUGGCAUCGCAGUCCAGCCCAGGCACAGCCACAGUGUAAAUGAUGAGAAGCAAGAGAAACAUUGUUUAAUUUCUCCUCUUCUAUUAUCUCAGUAAUAUUUAAAAGAUUUAUUUACCUGAGGGUAAGUAACCUCUCCUUUCCAGGGGACCUAAUGGGUAUGCAUGCCAGGUGCUGGAUGCGCAUUCAAAAUUCCCCAUAGGAAAGCAUUGAGUCAACGCUUUCCUAUGGGGCUUCUGCGUCAUGUGACUGAGUUUUACUCGAUCAGUGUCACAAAAGUGCCUUUACUGGCCUUCGUACUAACACCCACCAGAGGAGGAGUUAAAGGGGCACUAUAGUCACCAGAACAACUACAGCUUAACCCCUUAAGGAUACAUGACAUGUGUGAUGUGUCAUGAUUCCCUUUUAUUCCAGAAGUUUGGUCCUUAAGGGGUUAAUGUAGUUGUUUUGGUGAGUAUAGUCUGUCCCUGCAGGUAUUUUAAUGUAAACACUGCCUUUUCAGAGAAAAGGUAGUUAUUACAUUGAUGCCUAGUAACACCUCUAAUGGUCACUAGAGGUGCUUCCCGGGUCAGUGCUGCACAUUUUGCAUGUUUUGCAUUGCAGGGCUAAGAAGACAGGGACACUGCAUUGAGAUGAAGUGGUCUGGGUGACAAUAUCGUUACUUAGCAUAUCAUGAUCUUAAAUCUUUCAUCCAGUCUCACUAACAGUAACUUAGAACUAGACAAAUGAUGUAGCAAAACAUAUGACUAAGUGCUUUAUCUGGGGUCACUAGUAAAAGAUUUAGCCUGCAGGGUGGCAGUGAUAUAAUGUAGCCCUGACAUUUAGGUUACCCAUAACAUAUAUAUGUAUAUAUCACCAUAGCGAUUGUGUAUUGCUCUUUGUUAAAGGACCACUAUAGUGCCAGGAAAACAUACUCGUUUUCCUGGCACUAUAGUGCCCUGAGGGUGCCCCCACCCUCAGGGUCCCCCUCCUGCCGGGCUCUGGGGAGAGGAAGGGGUUAAACACUUACCUUUCUCCAGCGCCGGCAGGGAGCUCUUCUCCUCCUCUUCGGCUGAAUGCGCAUGCGCGGCAGGAGCUGCGCGCGCAUUCAGCCAGUCUCCUAGGAAAGCAUUCAUAAUGCUUUCCUAUGGAUGCUUGCGUGUUUUCACUGUGAUUUUCCCAGUGAGAAGUACACAAACGCCUCUAGCGGCUGUCAAUGAGACAGCCACUAGAGGCUUUAGAGGCUGGAUUAAGCCGUUUAUAAACAUAGCAGUUUCUCUGAAACAUGCUAUGUUUUUAAAAAAAAAUGGGUUAACCCUAGCUGGACCAGGCACCCAGGCCACUUCAUUAAGCUGAAGUGGUCUGGGUGCCUAGAGUGGUCCUUUAAUUAUUUGCAUGUUUUGUUUUGUGCUUGCAUCACCUCUGACUUUUUUCCAAGCACCCUUUUCCACAUUGUCCUCCUUUUUCCUUAGUUUGAGAGAAGAAGUUGCUCGCUUCCUGACGUAUUACUGCAAGGCUCCAGCCCCUCUGAGUUCUGAAAACGUGAGUAUUUUACCAGUUUAAUUCACUGUAUUCCUCUUGUGUGAUUGGAGCUUGUAUCACACAGGGCUCUAUGUUGUUUGCGUCUGUUUUUUCCAUAUUUCAUUUUGUGCUUUGAGGUAGAAUCUUUGCGUGUCUGGGAAGCCAACACUAGCUGGCUAGAUGGUCAGUUUAGCCCAGCAACUAAUAUGAGUUCCAAACAGAAAGCAAAUGUUUCAAUCCUGUAAAACACACUUUCACGAUGCCAAAACGGAGGGGCAUAUAGGAACAUAUUAAAGCUUGGUUCAUGAUGGCAAUACCAGCUGCUCACUUAGCACUGUCUAGAGUCUAGACCCUGCCCAAACCAAUUGGUCCCUCUUGUCUAUAAUGCCAAAUCUCAAGGCAACAUUCACACUUUCAUAUGGCCAUUCCAGUGCUUCUAUGAAGUGCACAGUUAGAAAAGAAAUGCUGCCCUCUGGUGGCUAUUUCUGGAACUGCAGGUUACGAGAAUAAAUAAACUUCCAGUCUCUUUACAGGCAUUAUUUUUCUCAAACCUUUAAUUGAAAUUAUCGUAUUAAAAAACUUAAAUUGGAUAAUUAUAAAGUUUCUACUUGUGUAAUACUUUAUUGGGGGCAUCUACAUUGAUCUGCUGUGCACGAUUUGGUUCCACCGAUUUAGAUUAAGCUGAUAUGUCCUGGCUUCUCUGAAUUAGGAGUGAAUAAUUAAUUACCUGGACUGAUAACAGUGCUUCUCAAUAUGCUCCCCUUUAUUUCAAUAUGCUCCUCCUAUUUAGUCUUGUGCUUCUUACCCACUGUGCAACCCUGCAGAAUAAGCACUUUAUAAAUAAAGAUAUAAUAUUAUUUCUAAUAAAACGGCAAAGGGCAGAGAUUCGCCAACUGGCAAAAUUCACAUACAACUUCAGUAUCUCCACUAUCUGUCUCUUUAAAAAUCUUUAAAGGGGCACUAUAGUAACCAGAACAAAUACAGGUUAUUGUAUUUGUUCUGGUGAGUAUAAUCAGUCCCUUCAGGCUUCAGAGAAAAGAUAGUGUUUACAUUAUAGCCUAGGGAUACCUCCACUGGACACUCCUCAGAUGGGCUGCUAAAGGUGCAUCCUUGGGCAGUGCCGCAGUGUGACUGACAUUCAGUGUCUCCAUCCUCUGCAUGGAGACACUGAACAUUCCUUGUAGAGAUGCAUUAAGGAGAUUCUGAUUGGCCAGGGCUGUGUUUGGCUUGUGCUGAAUCUGCCCCUAAUCUGCCUCCUUGACAGUCUCAGCCAAUCCAAUGCUUUCCUAUGUGAAAGCAUUGUGAUUGGCUAUGAAUAACACUUCUGAUGAUGUCAGCCAAGCAGGCAGGUCAGGGGCAGAGCCAGCAGCUACAGACUCGAAUAAAAGUAAGAUUUUACUAUAUUUAGGUAGGGCAAGGAGGGCCGGGGAGGCUAGAUUGGUGGUUUUAACACUAAAGGCUCAGGAAUACAUGUUUGUGUUCCUGACCCUAUAGUGUUCUUUUAACCCCACGUUAUAUUUAUUUGAUUGGUCCUUUACAUUCCAGGUCGUUGUACUAAAUGGCUGUGGGUCCCUGUUCUCUUCUCUGGCAGCUGUUCUUUGUGAUAAUGGAGGUAAGUAAGAUAUUUGUACCCUCCGAUCUCUGUCUGGUUGGGGUGACUUAUCGAGCAGUCAGAUGAACUCCCAUUGACACAAUGGUGCAAAGUGCUUAUGGUGCUUCAAUUGACCCUUUAAGUAUGUGUGGUGCUUUGAAAUGGUGGGUGCUUUGUGUCCAUCAACAUGUAUGAUAUUGUGAGAUAGCAAGCCGGGUGGUUUUUGAUCUCUACAUUUGCUAACAAUUCACCAAUCACAGUCUAAGGACCAAACUGUAUUAGCUAUCCUAAGUGGACCUAUUUUAUUUACAUAUGUAGUAUAGUAUGUAUAUCGGGACUAUGUUAAACUGAAACCGCCAUGUGCUUAGUUACUGGGACCUUAUAUCUACCCUGUUUGUAUGCCUGCCCUAUCGGUGCCAUUGCAGCGGAGUAUGUUAGAGGUGAUUGGUGGAGUGUGGUGAAGUGCGGUGUCACAGUUUGUUUAUGAUCACCAUAUCUUUUUUUUCAGACUCAAUCCUGAUUGCCACUCCCUUCUAUGGAGGGAUUACACAGAGCAUCUUUCUCUACAGUGGCGUUAAACUGGUCUAUGUUCACUUAGAGAGCAAGGUGAGGUGAUACAGUCAGUACGACACCAUUCUAAAAAGAUGUGUGCACUGUUUAGUGAUGCGAUGCUCUGCAGAUGUAACUGCAGGUUAGUAAUGCAAUAGUCUGCAGAUUUAAAAUGUAUUUUUUAGUGAAACAGUGCUAUGCGCACUCUUUACAGAUGCAAUAGAAACAUGUAGUAACUGGCCUAAAACGAUUCUAUUUUGCUAGACGUUUUUGGGUACAGACUGCACAUUUUUUUGUCAAACAUAGACACAUAUAGAAUAUGACGGCAGAUAAGAACCAGUCUGCCCAAUUUUUUAAAAUACUUUCAUUAGUCCCUGGCCUUAUCUUAUAGUUAGGAUAGCCUUAUGCAUAUCCCACGCAUGCUUAAACUCUGUUACUAUGUUAACCUCUACCACUUCAGCUGGAAGGCUAUUCCAUGCAUCCACUACCCUCUCAGUAAAGUAAUACUUCUUGAUAUUAUUUUUAAACCUUUGCCCUUCUAAUUUAAGACUAUGUCCUCUUGUUGUGUUAGUUUUUCUUCUUUUAUGUUCUGCAGAUGUAAACACUUACCAGUUAGUGAUGAAAUGUGCUGCAGAUAUAACUGUAUACUAUUUAAUGAUGCUUUGCUUUAAAAAUACAACCGUGUUCUACUGUUCAAAAAUGAAUUGCUCUGCAGAGUUAAAGAUCUUUUUAGUGAUGCGAUGCUAUGCCGAUUUAAUAAUGUAUUGUUUAUGGAUGCAAUGCUCUGCACCAUUUACCCAUGCACCAUUUGUUGAUGUAAGAAACACAUGACAGAUCUGUUUUACAUCAUUGUCUAUUAACCCUUUGGCUGAGAGAAGUAAAACAAAUGGUGAGAGUGGCAAUUUUAGAUAUAUCCUCUAGGGCAGGGGUAGUCAUGGACAUGGACAUCCCUUAAUGAUUUUACAGGCAUACUCGUGGCUAAGCAUCAUGGGAGAUGUGGGCCAAAACAUUUAAAUUGCCAUAGGUUGCAAUUUAAAGAGUUUGUCUUAAUUUUGCCCCUCAGGUUUCUGGACCACGGACUCGACCAUUCCAGCUGACUGUUCAGAAAUUGGAAACAACUCUCCAAGCAGCAAAAGACCAGGUGAGGAGAGAAGCAGCGCUAUAUAUAAAUUAAAACCCAAAAAUACCAACAUAAAUGGCUAAUGAACAAACCGCACCUCUGAUGGCUAUGCCGUUUAAUGCUUGAAUAAUGGCAAAAAAAUAUAAAAAGUAAUUAUAAAAUAAAAAAUUAUAUUCAUUAACAUCUAUUUUAUUUUUGCCUUAAUGCAAAAUUCCAUAUGAUUUCUUUUAGGUUUAUUCUACAGAGAAUGUUACGUGAUUUUACAGUUUUCUGUCCAUUCCACCGCAGUUAUCUGUGUUCAAAUUUAGGACUUGUUUGAGAAAGCAGCCCAUCCAGCGAUAGGUUCACAGCUCUCAACACUCUCAGCUGUGUAUUUUCUUUCAGGGUACCAAUGUUAAAGCGCUGAUCCUCAUCAAUCCCCACAAUCCUUUGGGGGAUGUUUACUCCGCUUCAGAAAUGAUGGAAUUCUUGGAGUUUGCUAAAAGGUAAUGUACCUGUAACUUUAUAUCGGGGUGUUUGGGACCUUCCUCCAUUGUUACAGGGGUGGCUGUGGGGUUUUAUGUUUAAUACUUGAUAUGUGUGAGCGUGAGUUCCUUCCUGGAACUUUAUUCUGGUGGGCUUUGAGUCCUCCCAGGAACACAUAUGUAUGAGCACUGUGUCCUGCCAUUACGUUUACAUGAGUGGGCAUAGGGCCCUCCCUUGGACUCGUAUGGGUGGGCUUUCCAUGACACUAUAUAUGUCUGGAAAUUAUAUCUACCUGCCACUUGCACAAUGACCUAGCACCACAUUCACUUAGAAGGGGUACAGCUGUAUCUGAAUACCACAGAAUCUUAGGACACCCACAGCACAUCCCCUAACACACAAAUCCAUUUUUUCUUCUGGUGGUCAAGUGGUAGGAGCAGGAGAGAUGUGCUUUGAGUGGCACCUCUCUUUUCUGCUCAAUCUGUUCUUUUACACACUGUAAAAUGGAACAGAGUGGAGAGCUGUUCCCUACUAGAGAACCACAGACUUCAGAACUACAUACUACAAAACAGGCCCGGACUGGCCAUCGGGCAUACCAGGCAAAUGCCCGGUGGGCCGCGGUGGCCGUGGGGCCGAGGCCGGCAGGGAGAUCACAGGAUCUCCCCGGCCGGCCCCUGCAGGGCCGGCACAAUCCGAGCACCGGCCCUGCUGUGUGUCUCCAUGGGCCGGUGGGGAGAUCAAAGAUCUCCCUCACCGGCCCACAGACAGGGAGAUGCGGCCGCCAGCUGGGGAGAGAGGACUGGCGAAGCUCUAACCAGCAGCUCCGCCGGGUCCUCUCGCGAGAUUCUGAGCGUUGCCGCGGUUACCACGGCAACGCUCAGAUCUCGCGAGAGUGAACUCUAGCCUGCAGGUUAGAGUUCACUCUCACCACUGGACCACCAGGGAAUGCAGCAUGGUCCCCUCAAGGCUCCCCCUCCCAGGCAGAACGGCUCCCUCCCCCUCCCAGGCUAAAGGUAAGAAGGGAUGGGGGGGGACAUAACUUUAAAAAAAAAUUAUUAAUAAAAAAAAAUAUAUAUUUAAAAUUAAUUCCCAAACAGCACCCCCAGACACACACACACAGCACCCCCAGACACACACACACAUACCCCAGACACACACAGCCAACUCACACACAGCACCCCCAGACACACACACACACUGCACCCCCAGAAACACACAGCACCCCAGACACACACAACCAACUCACACACAGCACCCCCAGACACACACACACACACACACACAGCACCCCCAGAUACACACACAGCACCCCCAGAUACACACACAGUACCCCAGAUACACACACAGUACCCCAGAUACACACACAGCACCCCAGAGACACACAGCGCAACCAGACACAAACUGCAACCCCAGACACACACAGCACCCCCAGAUACACACACAGCACCCCCAGAAACACUCAGCACACCCAGAGACACACUUAACACACAUAUAUAUAUAUAUAUAUAUAUAUAUAUAUAUAUACAUACACACACACACUACAGCACCCCUCACACUGCACCACUACACACAUUACGCUCCAGAUACACGCUAGAUCCCUUACCCUAUAUGCACUCUUAAUCCUCUGCACACACACACACAAUCUUCUAUACACACUCUGGGUCCUUUACACACUAUAUCUCUUAUACACACACAGUGCACCACCUACACACACACUACAUUCCUUGUAAGGAAACACAUACAACAUUCUCUAAACACAUCCUCUCUACAACCCCUACACACACUACUUCACCUAUACACACACUACUGCCCAUAUGCACACACUCGCUACAUCCCCUAUAACACUAUGCCCCUAUACACACACUCUCUACAGCCCAUAGCCACACAUAUUACACCACACAUAUUACACCUAUUUACACAAUACAACACAACACUCUACACACAGGCAAUCCCACAAGCAGGCACCAAACACAUGCACCAUACACUUUCCUGGCCCUUUUGUCCUCUGGUAUCCCACUUGUGGAGACACCAGAGACAAUUUAAAAGCAAACACAGUGCAAGCAUGUUAUUACAUUUGCUUGCGCUGCGCAGAACAAAUACAGGGCCUUUUUCUAAAGCCAGAGCUCUUUGUACAUGGUGCCCUUAACAAAUAUGGAACCCCACCAGCCCUGCCCAUCCAAUUUAUAUGCAAGCAUAUUGUGAGUAGUCUGUUAUGUGUCGGUCCUAUGAUAUCCAGCAGUACGGAUUACUCAUUUUUAUCUUCUUUCAGACAUUCUUUACACGUCAUUGUGGAUGAGAUCUAUAUGCUGUCUGUUUUCGAAGAGUCUACAACAUUCCAAAGUGUAUUAAGCAUGGAGAAGUGAGAUAAUGUGUUACGCUGUCACCCCAAAGACACAUUUUGACAUCUGUCACCCCAAAAGCACGCAGCGCUCUAUAUCACGACACACUGAGACUAUAUCUACUGGCUGCUAAUUUGUCCUACUGCUGCCUGUUAGUCUGACCUCCAAGCUGCAGAAUUCUCAACUUGCUUUCUUCUCCUUUAACAUGAGCCGAUAUCUUUUCUCUACUUACCUGCACAUAACGCACCUCUGAAGGCAAACCCCCAUUUUCUGCUUUUAAUUCCAUUUCACUCCUUUUCUGUUUAACAUCUGAUUUCAUUCACAACCCACACUGACGUUUGUCUUUUUUCCCACUCAGACUUCCAGAUCCUCAGAGAACGCAUGUUAUGUGGGGGAUCAGUAAGGUAGGUACAUAUUAGUUUUACCAAUCUUAGGUGUAAAAUAAAAUAACUCUUCACAAAUAUCAGAAAAUGUUAAUUAUCACUUGGGUUGCAUAUUUCCUAUGACUGUAUUGUUGGAUAUCUGCGGAGCUGCAAAAUAUUCAGCUAAAAUCUCUAGAUCGAAUAAGUAAAAGCACCGACGCAAAGAAACAUCUGAAGAUCAAUGGGAAGAGGAGAAUUCUAGUUCAGUGAAUGAAAAGAUACCAUAUGUCUUAUCUUGAAACAGUGGAAAACUCAGGGUCAAUAACUCACGUAGUCCCAGUAACACCGUAUUAUUGGAAACCUACAGCAGUGUUUCAGUGUGCGCACAGUCUGGAUUUUUAUCAGAAGCAGUAUAUGCAUCGACACACAGAUUACACAUCAUUGUUGCAGUUUUUUAAUCUGCAGUAGCUAGUCACAUGAUACAAAACGUAUCCUCCUUAUCUUCUCUCCGCUCGACCUGUUGGUCUUACAUUUUGUGAGAUUAAAGUAUUUUUGUGAUCCAUAAUAUAGAUGGGAAAUGUGGCUCAAAUUAAUGUUUUUAUAGGAACUCCCUUUAUUUAAGAGGGGCUGCUUAAAUACAUUUUGAUUAACAUAAUCUUGUGAGAACAGAGCUGUUUUCUGAAAAGGAAUAGACUGGAAACAUUUCCCAUAAUUCUCUGGUACACUGGCACAAUGUGUUUCAUUUUUGGCUUUAGAGCCUUCAUUUCAGGAAUUUGGGUGAAUAUUAGAUUUGUGCACAGCUGAAAAAUCUGGUUCCACUGAACCGUUUUUUUUCUGGAAAUGAAAUGCAGUUUGAGAACUCCACUACCCGUUCAUUUGACGGUUCAUUCAGGGAAACUAUUUGGACAAACAACAAAGGGCGCAAAAUGGGACGAUCAGUGUAUUGCAAAAUAUAUAUAUAUUAAAUAUGAAUCUAUAGGCACAUUUUCUCGUCAUUUGGUUAACAAAUCAAGUGAGAAAAGUAACCAAUGAGGGCAAAAGAGGAGGAGCAAAAAAAAAGAAAUCUCUAUUUAUAUAUUAAGUACAUCAUAUAUGAAUAUAUAUAUUUUUUUACUGCUCUUACUCCCUGUCCCUCUAGUGGUCACUUCUUACUUGAGCUGUAACUAAAAUCAAAUAAGUGGCUGUCCACUAGACAUCAGUCAUUCUUUUUGUCCCCAUCAACCAUCUCUCUAUUUUACACCACGGGUAGGACUGCAUAGACCAGCUUGGUUACAUAUUCAUAUGGCACUUUGCAGAAACAUAAUUCAGACGAAUUGCAAUUUGGAUAGAACUGAAUGGAAAAGUCUAGUAAAUAGCCAGUGUACCUUGGAAAACUCCCAAUAAAUUUAGUGGAAUAGGUACAUUGACACCAUCUACUUUUACAAGGUUAUAAUGGGAAAGGUUAGGUAAUUUAAAUUAAUAACAGAUACGUUUUUGUUGUAUUGAUGGUUGCUGUAAGAUCACAUGACAUGCAGUGCUUGCAGUGAGAUAACAAUUAAUGGUUCUCUACUGUAGUAAUCUGUUCGCUUUUGUUUUAAAUGUUUAGGAUUUUGCCGUAUCGGGAAUUCGGUUUGGGACCUUGUACUCCCAGAAUCAGGAUGUGUGCAAUGGGGUGGCCUCUCUCUGCUACUUCCAUGGUGUCUGUGGUCCAGUUCAGUUUAAAAUGGCCCAGCUGCUUCGUGACAGAGGUAAGACCGCAUGACAUGUUUUUGUGAUACUUUAGUACACUUGAGCCACACUCCCCUACAACCAAUAACUUGGUAGCUCUGGCUGAAAAGCUAAUCCGGCAAUAACAUGCUCCUUCAGACCACAGUUUACUGACCCCUAAUGACAUUUUGCCAGCUCUUUUCAACCAACUAUGCCAGGUUUAUAUAAACCGAUAUUACCUGAUUUGCCCUCUGACAUGAUAAAGAGGGAUUUGCCUAAUCUUGUAUAUAACUCUGUGAAUUGUAUCCGUCUCACUUUUUUCCUUCCCUUAAAGAGACAUUAUAGUAGCCAGAACAACUGCAGCUUAAUGUAUUUGUUCUGGUGAGUAUACUUAGUCUCUGCAGGCUUUUCAAUGUAAAUACUGCCUUUUCAGAAACAAACAUUUAGGUGGCUUGCCUCCCUUAAAAGGUAAGAAAACAUACCUUAUUUCCAGUGCUGCGCCGAUCCGCCCCCUUGGCUGACAUUGUUAGAAUUGAUGUUCUCUGCCAAUCCAAUGCUUUCCUAUAGGAAGAGGAGAUCAUCAAGGAGGCAUGGCGGGGCCAAAUGCUUUCCUGGCUAAUCAGAACCUCCUCAUAGAGAUGCAUUGAAUCAAUGCAUCUCUAUGAGGAAAGCUCAGUGUCUCUGUGGCUCUCUCUGUAGAGCAUGAAGAUGCUGACCGUCGGUGCUGCACAUUGUGCAGCACUGCCCCAGGAGGCACCUAUUGUGGCCGUCUGAGGAUUAUCCACUAGAGGUGUUCCUUGGCCUUUACCUGAAAAGGCAGUGUUUACAUUAAAAAGUUUGCAGAGUCUGACUAUACUCACUAGAACAACUCCAUUAAGCUGUAGUUGUUCUGGCGAGUAUAGUGUCCCUUUAAGGAUGACCUCUGAGUGCCCAGGCCCUUAUUCUUGUGUGGGAAGAAUGUUCCAUGUUAAUGUAUCUCUUUUCUUUUCCCAGAUUGGAUCAACCAAGUUUACUUGCGGGUAAAUCACGCCCGUCUCCGUGCAGCUCAAGCGUAUGUAGCCGAAGAGCUUCGCGCUUUAGGUGUGCCCUUUCUCAACCGCAGUGCUGGAUUCUUCAUUUGGAUUGAUUUCCGGAAGGUGAGUGGCUGAGCAGGAAGUGAAAUGAGUGAGUGCAGCUCAGAUGCUUUCAUCCUAUCUCUACCCUUUCUCUCGGGUAUGAUGUGAUACAGAGCAUGCAAAAAUACUUAGAGGCCAAACCCUGUCUCGUGCAUUAAAGAUGUGCUUAUGCUCAGUGUGUCCCAUUAAAUAUGUACAGUGGACAUAUAGUUUUUGUGUUCUCUGCCAAUUUUGAGGUGAUGGCUUUUUCUCUUUCAGUACCUGCGGGCUCCCACCUUUGAAGAGGAGGUGGCGCUGUGGAGGCACUUUCUUGACAACAAGGUCCUCCUGUCUUGUGGCAAAGCAUUUGAGUGUGGUGAACCAGGCUGGUUCAGGGUGAUUUUUUCCGACAAGACCCACCGCUUGCAGCUGGGUAAGGACUGAGUUUUGCUUUUAUAGAAGUGGCUAGCAAACUGCAUCUCAGAAACCACUGAUCCACUCUGGCGGGCAAAGAAUUCUGGGAAUUGUAGCCAAACAAAAUGUUACUACAAUUUCUGCUACUCACUUUGAGGCAAAGAAUAAUAGAAUAUAGCCCAACAUUAGCCAAGGUUAUGCACCCCAGCUUAAGCUGAGGUUGGAUUGCAACUCCCAUCAUUAUCUAUUAAUAAACUGCUUUGUUUUUCAUACUAUAACGAAGUAAACUUUUCUCUUCCAACCUCGCAGGAAUGCAGCGUAUUCGCAAGGUGCUGGAGGGGAGGGAGCGCGAGAUGCAGGUGGAGGCACAGCGGAACAAGGAAGUUGAGGAAGGAAAAGCAGAUAGCACUGAUGAAGUCAUCUAUGUAUCCAGCCACCGCGAGCCGGCCAAUUCGAAUUUGGGGGACCUCAUCGUGCAGCUGCAGCAUCAGAUGCGCUCUUCAGACUGGCUGCAAAGGAACACCGCUGAAAACUUUGCCCAACAAAACCCUGAGGUUUACCAAGUGUACAGCAAAUUCGCAGGGAACCCAUAAAACGAGGGAAAAUUAGUACGUGGCGACACGUUCAGCACAAAGUGUAGAGUCGUAUAAUCAAUAAAUUGAAGCGAUUAUACUAUCUUGGGGGAAAGUGCGCCUCAUUUAUUUUGGCUUGAGUUUUAACUCGCUUAGAUGCGCGCCAGCUGUCAGAAUCAUGUUAUAUAAAAUGGCAGUAAACCAUAAAAGCCCCUGAUUUCUCUGAGGUUUGAAUCCAGCAAUGUCCUAAGAGGGCUGUUUUAAGCCUUAAUAAAGAUGAGACUCAUCAAAUUAAUAAACGUUUAUACACUCACUUACAAAUCUAAUAAAAAGUGGCACUGUUACCUGAAGAUGUAUUCCUAACACAAUAGUGUUCUAGUCAUUAGUUUGAUUCAGUCCCUCUCCCCCACAUUUAAAUUUAAGGGGAAAAAAAAGUUUUACUUACAUUUUUUUUCCAGUGCUGGGUCACAGUCCUUGCACCUGGCAGGUCCUUCUCCUGCAGUGUCAUUUUGUCUUCUGCCUCUUCUUCAGAUUCUAGUCCAAUCAAAUGCUUUUCGUAGAAAAGCUCUGAAUACAUUGCUUCCCUAUAAGAAGCAUUUGACAACGUUCUACGUCCUAAUGGAUAUCGAUUGUCACAUGACUGAGUGAAAUUCUGUCAUUGCAGUGGAAGCGCCUUGUCUUGUGCCUAUCAGUAAGACAGCACUGUCCCAGCAAUGGAAACGUUGCCGGGCUAAACACUCCUCCUGUUUUACAUCGCAGGGUUAAACUUAAAGGGACACUGCACCCAGACCAUUGAGAUUAGGUAGCCUUGGUGCCUUUAGUUGUCCUUUUUAAGGGGUUAAUCUACUAAUAUAUGUUUUGUGCAAAAUUUAGGCCAUAACAGACAUGUUGAAAAAGUAAAUGAAUUGGAGAAUUCUUUCCAAAUUCAAUAUUAUGGUCCAAGUUUUCAGUUUACCACAUUUCAAGGUUUAGUAAACAUACCCUUAAGUGUGUCCUUUUCAUUAAGAUGAGCCAUCGCAAUUUUAGACUCCAGUGAAUAUUAAAUCCUCAGAAAAUAUUAUUUAAAAUUCAGGGUCCCUUAACCUUUAAAUUAUUUAAAUUUCAAAAAGUCCAACAUAUUUUCACAGCAGUAGAUGUUGAUGUUUAUUUACCGUAUCCUGUAAACUGUCAGAAUAUCCAGAUACUGUCUGCAGACUUAGCACCUGUGUUUGCUGCAGAACGAGGAGGGUAUAAUCAUUGGUUGGAAUUAGUGUCUUGUCCUUGUUGUAUGAAAAACAUGAGGCGUCUUUACAUUUUUAUUUUAUUUUUCGUUCCUGUACCAUUCCUGCUUUUCCACCUGAUUUUGGCAAUAAAUUGUUUGGAGCCAUUAGCUAUGGAUUGCUAGAGGCUAUUAUUGAACGUCUUGUUCUGGCCUCACAACGAUACCUGUGUUUUAAUACAAUUCUGUAAGGAGGAAUACCUGUGUUGUGUGUCUUUUGGGUCCACUGGCAGCAAGUGUAAGGUAGGUCCGAUUUGUAUUGUCAUAGUGGAGAAAUACUAAAUUGGGGUAUACCUCUGCCUUCUACAUCUUUAUAUGAUUAAAAAAAAAAAACACAAUAUAAAAUAUGUUUAGAAAUACAUGCUAUUAAAUCCAAAAACAUAAAUAACAUAAUGAAACAAUAGCUGUCUUAGCAGAAAUGACCAGCAACAAGUUUUAAGAAGGGUAGAGAAUAGUGAUGUCCCGAACGGUUCGCCGCGGACUCAUCAUUGAGUAAACUUUGACCCUGUACCUCACAGUCAGC